AUGUCUACACGAACAGAAACCGAUGCCUUCGGUGAAGUACAAGUCGAAUCAGACAGGUACUGGGGAGCGCAAACGGAGCGCUCGCUGGAGAACUUCAAGAUCAAUCAGCCUCAAGAUCGAAUGCCCCCACCCGUUGUCAGAGCAUUCGGCAUACUGAAGGGAGCAGCAGCGACCGUGAACAUGCAUUUUGGGCUCGAUCCAAAGCUUGGGAAGGCAAUCCAGCAAGCGGCCGAGGAGGUUGCUUCACUAAAGCUCAUCGAUCAUUUCCCUCUCGUGGUAUGGCAGACUGGCUCAGGGACACAAUCGAAUAUGAACGCCAACGAGGUCAUCUCGAAUCGUGCCAUUGAGAUACUAGGGGGCACAAUGGGCUCGAAGAAGCCCGUACACCCCAACGACCAUGUGAACAUGUCCGCUUCCUCCAACGAUAGCUUUCCCACCGUCAUGCACAUAGCCGCCGUCCUCGAGAUCACGGAGUCCCUUAUACCCGCAAUGGAAAGCCUAAAAGCAGCGCUACAAGCCAAGAGUCAAGAAUUCGAGCACAUCAUAAAGAUAGGACGCACACAUCUACAAGACGCUACGCCCCUAACCCUAGGCCAAGAAUUCUCGGGCUACGUCGCGCAAUUGGAACGAGGCGUGGAGCGCGUGCAAGACACUCUACCUCAUCUUCGGCUGCUUGCCCAAGGAGGAACAGCAGUUGGCACAGGUAUAAAUACAUUCGAAGGUUUCGCCGAGGCCAUAGCAGAGGAGAUCAGCAAACUAACAAAAGCCGAAUUCAAGACUGCACCGAACAAGUUUGAGGCUUUGGCUACACACGAUGCAAUCGUUGAAGCCUCGGGGGCCCUGAAUACGGUAGCGACUUCACUGUUCAAGAUUGCGCAGGAUAUUCGCUAUCUAGGUUCUGGCCCUCGUUGCGGGCUGGGAGAGUUGAAGCUUCCAGAGAACGAGCCUGGUUCAUCCAUCAUGCCUGGGAAGGUCAACCCUACACAAUGCGAGGCAUUGACUAUGGUGUGUGCUCAAGUGAUUGGGAACCAUACAGCCGUGACUAUUGGUGGAAUGAACGGCCAAUUCGAGCUUAACGUCUUCAAGCCCGUCUUGAUCAGGAAUUUGCUCCACAGCAUCAGGAUCCUCAGCGACAGCAUGAGGAGUUUCGAAAAGAAUCUUGUCGCAGGUCUAGAAGCUGACGAGGACAGGAUCAGUACACUUUUGCACCAGAGUCUGAUGCUUGUUACCUGCUUGAAUCCGGUGAUUGGUUACGACGCAGCCUCAAAGGUCGCAAAGAAUGCCCACAAGAAGGGCUUGACGUUGAAAGAGAGUGCCAUGGAGCUGAAGGCGUUGAGUGAAGAGGACUUUGACAAACAUGUGCGACCAGAACUGAUGUUGAGCCCGAAGCACCAGGACUGA